UUUUUAUCAAGCACCCAUACCACUACUAACACAAAACAACUUUAUACAUUUCAAUUUAUUUUUAAUAAGGAUGAGCUUUACUAUAUUUUUUCUCUCAUUAAUAACAGCUCGGUUUUAUCAAGAAUAGUCCUGAGUAGCAAUGGUGAUAUACAACGCUUCAUGUGGGUGGAUCAGACAAAGAGAUGGAAUGUUCACUACAAGUUACCUACAGACACUUGUGUUACAUAUAGCUUGUGUGGUGUGUAUGGGAGCUGUGACAUAGAUAGUGAACCUAUUUGUGAAUGUUUGGAGAAGUUUGUACCUAAAUAUCCACAAAAAUGGGAAAAGGGAGAUUGGACAGAAGGGUGUGUUCGGAGGACACCCUUAGAUUGCAACAAGGAACAUGUAUUUCUAAGAUAUUCUGGAAUCAAGUUGCCAGAUACUAACCACUCUCGGUACAAUAAAAUGAUGACUCUAGACGAGUGUAGGCAAGUAUGCUCCGGGAAUUGCUCCUGUACAGCUCAUUCAAGUUUGGAUAUAAGCAAUGGCGACAAAGGUUGCUUAUUAUGCUAUGGGGAAUUAAUUGACAUCAGAAAGCGGUCUGAAAGAGGACAUGACAUUUACAUCAAGAUGGAUCCUUCAGAGCAAGAAUCUGAGGCAGGUUCAACAAGAAAGAAGGCAAAGAUACUCGCAGUGAGUUUCUCAUUGUUGAUGGCAACGAUUCUGUUGAUCCUGAUUUUGUUGCGGUACAAACGGAAAAAGAAGAAACUCAGUGAAGAUAUUGAGCUGCCACUAUUCCCAUUUUCAGCAAUAACAAGAGCCACAAAUAACUUUUCGUUCAACAACAAGAUUGGAGAGGGUGGAUUUGGACCUGUUUACAAGGUAUACAGAGAAAAUUUGUUGGAACAGUAACUAGUUUAUGCUCAAGAUCAGAGUGCUAGAGAAUUAUUUCAUUCUGCAAUAUUCUCGUCUUUGUAAAAUC